AUGGAGUCCCUAAAGCAAGGAGCCAACUACGUUGCAGAGACCGUUCAACAGGCUACUGCCACCACCUCCAAGGAGGCUAACAAGCAAGUCGCCAAGGACAGCGAUGCCAGCCUUUCCACCCGCGCCAGUGCUGGUGUCGAUGCCAUCAAGGACAAGGCCGAUGAGUCUGGACACAGCACCAAGGCUGAUGUCCACAAGGAGGCUGCUAAGCACUAG